CAUCACCACCAUUGGGUUAAAUAGACACAAUCAUCUCUAAUAUAGAAAAUGUCAACACCACUACCAGGAUCAUCUGACGUUAUCAUCAAGGAAGGACCAUUCGUAUAUCUUAGUGAUUGGGAUGGAACUAUCACUACACAAGAUUCAAAUGACUAUCUAAUCGAUAACUUCGGUAUGGGUAAGGAAAACAGAGAGAAACUCAAUGAGGAUAUUCUCUCACACAAGCUUAACUUCCGCGAUGCAUUCUACGAGAUGCUUAGAAGUGUCAGCAAGGCGAAAUCAUUCUACGAAUGUAUGGAAAUCCUCAAAAGAGACAUCGUACUCGACCCAGGUUUCAGUGACUUCUACUUCUGGGCUAAGAUGAAUAAUAUACCGGUCAUUAUCGUAUCCUCCGGUAUGGCACCAUUCAUUAGAAGCGUUCUCUCAAAGUUAAUCGGUGAGGAGGAAGCUAAAAACAUCGAUAUUAUUUCAAACGAUGUCAAGUUCAACGACCCAGAAGGUAAAGAUUGGGAGAUUGUCUAUAGACAUCCAGAAUCAGGAUUCGGACAUGACAAGUCAAAGGCUAUCUUACCUUACAGGGAUCUGCCUCAACCACCUACGCUCUUCUUUAGUGGUGAUGGUGUCAGUGAUAUGAGUGCAGCCAAACACGCUGAUCACCUCUAUGUUCGUAAAGAAAAGGACUUAGAGAAGUACUGCGUUGCUCAGAAUAUCCCAUACACACCAUUUGACACCUUUACGAACAUCAAGAACUAUGUUAUUGACGCUAUCAAUAAGAAAGAAUAAACUGGACAAUAAUACAUCAGAAUUUUCACCUCUAAGAGCUCUGGUGAUGCGUGCAAUAUUUUAUUAUCUAUGUGAAUAUGUGCUAUGUAUAAAUAAACUUUAAGUUGUUCAGAUACUCUAUGUUCAAUUUACUAAGAAAUACAU